AUGAAGAGAUCGAAGUCUACACAAUCAGGGAAUUCGUCUCCCAUGAAAACACGGACAGUCGAGAAUUCCAACUGUGAAAACAAAGGUGCCGAUUGCGAAUUCUCAAUCGUUGAUCCAAUGUGGCAAAACAUUGAUCCGAAUCCCGAUAUUCGUGCACUAUUUGCCCAGUUUGAUGAGAAAUUCUUCGAAAAGCGUCUUACUUCUGUUGAGGUUAAGUGGAGUCCUCGAAUGACCCUUUGCGCCGGUAUGUGUGUCUACGAGGGUCGUGGGGGCCUGUGUUCGCACGAGAUGAUACAUGCAUACCUCUUCGUCACCGAAAACAACAGGGAUCGCGACGGCCACGGCCCUAAUUUUCGAGCUCAUAUGAAUCGGAUCAACAAGAUAGCUAAGACGAAUAUAACG